AUGGCCACAUCUCCGGUCGCUGGUGUUUACCACAACACGCUCCUGCAAGCGGUCUACUUUGGGCCUGGCUCGCUCGCUACCUCGCUUGCUGCUGCGAUCGAGGCGCUGAAUCUCAAGAACAAGAAAGCGUUUAUACUGACAGGCAAGAGUCUGGCCACCAAGACCAAGCUGAUCGAGCGUGUUGAGCAUAUUCUCUCGUGCAAAGGCUACUACAGUGGCGAGACGUAUUUUGACAUUGGAGAGCAUGCGCCAGUAGCAGGUAUACGGGAGGCAGUGCAACGUAUCAAGCGAUCGAAUGCGGACGUGAUUAUCGCUGUGGGUGGCGGCUCGCCCAUCGACGCUGCGAAAGCGGUCUCGUUCUACCGACAUGAACAAGAAUAUGGGCAAGAGAGCGCCAGAAGUGGGACGACUAGUGCGGAUCUGUUCAUCCCAACGAUUGCGGUGCCUACGACGCUUUCGGUAGCAGAGACCACGCAGAACGCCGGGUUCAAGUCGGACCAAGGACACAAGAUCGGCGUCUCGUCCAAGAACCUCGUCCCUCGUGCUGUUAUCUAUGAUGCUGAGCUGACACUGGAUACGCCAGAACGUCUGUGGUUGUCCACGGGCAUCCGUGCGCUGGAUCAUGCGAUCGAGUACCUGUAUCGACCCGACACGCAUCCUUUGUUGCGUCCCAGCGUCCAAUCGGCAAUCCGUCAUCUGUUCACCUACUUGCCACUGUGCAAGGCGGAUCCUCAAAACGUCGACGUCAGGCAAAAACUUCAAUUAUCCUCUUUCAACUCUCUGUGGCCCGAGGCGAGGACGGGUGCGCUCGGACUAUCGCAUGGCCUCGGUCACAAGCUCGGCGCCACUUACGCCAUCCCACACGGCAUCACGAGCUGCAUCACUCUCGGCGCCACGGUCCGCUUUGUCGCCAACUGGAAGCAUACACCAGUCUCGCACCUUGAGAACCUGGCAGAUACGCUUGCGUUCAUUCCUGCGCCAUACAACCCGACUCCCGCUCCGCUCGGCAACAGCGUGGCUACCGAUGCCAAAGACGUAUGCGAGCAAGAGCUCAAGACGUUGCGCCAAAACGCGACGCUGGUUGGCGACGCAGUGCAGAGGCUCGUCGACGAUCUUGGACUGCAUACCACACUCAAGGAAUGCGGACUGCGUCCCGAAGAGACCGACGUGGUGGCAACAAAGAUAACAGGAGACCAUCACAAGGGGGGCGAGUAUUGGAACGGCGUCAAAGCAAUCCUCGACAGUGUGUAUCAGUGA